GGGGCGGGGUGGGGCGGGGUGGCCGGGACGGGGCCCUGCCGGUGCGCCCUGAGCGGCGGCCACUGAGCGCCGGGCCGGGCCCGGGGCCGGGGCCGGGACGAUGCUGUUCUCCCUGCGGGAGCUGGUGCAGUGGCUGGGCUUCGCCACCUUCGAGAUCUUCCUGCACGGCCUGGCUCUGCUGGUCUUCUCCGUGCUCCUGGUCCUCAAGGUGGACAGCGAAGCCUCGGCGCUCUCCUGGUGGGUCGUCUUCGUCCCCUUCUUCGCCGCCGACGGCCUCAGCACCUACUUCACCGCCAUCGUCUCGGUGCGGCUCUUCCAGGAUGGCGAGAAGCGGCUGGCCGUGCUGCGGCUCUUCUGGAUCCUCACCAUCCUCAGUCUCAAGUUCGUCUUCGAGAUGCUGCUGUGCCAGAAGCUGGUGGAGCACACGCGGGAGCUGUGGUAUGGGCUCAUCAUGUCUCCUGUCUUCAUCCUCCUCCAGCUGCUCAUGAUCCGGGCCUGCCGCGUGAACUGAGCCCGCGGCCCCGUGCCAGCCCUGGCUGGCACACGGUGACUCUGCGGUGACCCCAGUGCCGUUUGGGGGCUUUCCCCCAUCCUGGGCUCUGGACAGAGGUUUUGGGCACAGGUGCAGUGCUGUGAGAGGCAGGGCUUGCGACAGUGCACUGUCACCUUGUACAUAGCUUUGUACCAAUCUUUCUUCAGAAGAUCCUUUUGCAGCAUCAUUAUUUCAGGCUCACUUAGUCCAUGGUGUUGGUUUUAAAAUAUCACAAUGUGCAGGCACUGUCUGGUAUGCUGGUUAUUUUAUUUUAAAAUAAAAGUGCAUGGAAGGAUUGGUUCUAUUUAUAAUACUAUUUUUUACUACAAAGCCUUUGUACCUAAAACUACUGCUGGGAGAACAGGAGUCCCGUGGAGGCCAGUUGUUUGCUGUAGGCACCUUGCAUACCUCAGGCUGCUGCUGGCCAGAAGCACCGCAGCUGCUGCAUCGCCUGCGCCACCGUGUCUGAGACCACGAUCGUAUCGAUCUGUUGUCACCAACAGCAACGCUAAUUUACUUCCAACUCUCUUCUGAGUGGUACUUCAUGCCUUCAGUGUACUGACGAGAUUUUAUGGGACUGUGCUCUGAGCCAGAGAGAACUGAUGUGUGUGCUUUUGAACAGAAAUGCUUUUUCUUC